AAUCUUCUUAUGCCAUAUAUAUUUAAGUUCUUUAAUUUGGGUAAUUAAAAAAUGAUAUUUGGAACGAAAAAAGUUGCCGACGAGGAUGGGAUUCGAACCCACGCGGGCAGAGCCCAUUGGAUUAGCAGUCCAACGCCUUAACCACUCGGCCACCUCGUCUCAUGCGCACCAUCAACACUCCAUUAAAUUUAAAGAUGCACUUAAUAUUUGCAUUAAAAUAAAUCGCUCGUAAUAAAUUCAUUAAUACACUCGAUGGUCAAAUGUAAAGUUUCUCAACUAAGCAGUUGAGUUCAAAACUGGAAAAAUCCCAGCGCAAGUGCGCAAAAGACUCUAAGGGUUGCUAUAACAACCCUUACAAAAGUAUAUACAACCAGUGUCAGUUAUUCACGUUGUUUUCAUGUUGUUGUGCGUGUUUAUGUUACCCCAUUUUCAACACUACCCCAAGCGAUGUAGAAAUAUACAAGUGCAUCAUGUGGUGUGGCGAUGACGACGCUGGAGGGGUGAAGUUUGGCGUCCCGACGCCUUAAAAUGACUAGUGCGGCGUCGGAGGCCGUAACAGCAACGGGGGCGCGAAACACCAAACAUCGACGCAUCACCAAACGAGGCGUUUCCACCCUCAUGUAUGCCUCGCAGCAAGGUGACGUCGAGAGAGUCCGCAAAAUCAUACAAGAGCAGCCUGAGACUCUGCUGACUCGAGACCGCACUGGAAAGACUCCUCUACAUUACUGCAGUACCAGUGAUAAUAUUUGCGCCGCCCAAGCUGCAGAUUUGAUUGUUAUGGCAGCACCGGAUUUGGUCGAGAGCCACGAUGAUGACGGGUUUACACCGUUGCAUUUGGCCGUGAUCGCUGGGAAUAUGCCCCUGGUGACCUUCCUCCUGGCUAAUAAGGCCGAUGUAAACGCCAUGGAUAACGAAAAACACACCGUGGUGCACUGGGCAACAGUUUGUGGAGAAACAUCGGCCCUUCGAGCAGUUCUGGCCGCAGGAGCCCCCGUCUCUACCCCCGACGUCCACGGCGGUUACCCUCUCCACUACGCCGCCCAAAUGUGCGGAGGCGACAAGGAUUCCAACCUCGGCUUCCAAGUCCUUCAAACCCUUCUAACGCACAGCGAUAUUGUCGUCUCCGUCGAAGACGACGAUGGUCGGCAGCCCCUUUUGUGGGCCGCCAGCGCUGGGUCUGCGAAAGCAGUCCUGGCCUUGGUUCGCGCGGGGGCCAACGUCGAAGCCCCCGAUAAAGACGGUUUAACUGCCCUUCACUGCGCUGCCUCACGGGGACACACGGAUUGUAUCGACAGUCUCUUGACGCUUUGUGGAGCUACUCCAGAUGUGAUAGAUAGUAACGGCUGCACUGCGCUCCACUACGCCGUCACUUUGGGACAUGCUGAUGCUACGGCCCUGUUGUUAGCCCAUGGGGCUGACCCAAACCGCCAAGACCGCAAAGGCCGGACCCCGGCCCAUUGCGGUUGUGCCAAAGGUCAAUUCGAAACCGUCAAAAUGAUCGGGGCACAUGGGGCUAACUUGUGGUUGAGGAACGCAAGAGGAGAUCUUCCACUGCACGAAGCUGCAGCUUCAGGAAGGAGGGAUUUAGUUCGGUGGUUGCUCGAUAUGAGGCCCAGUCAAGUCAAUGCGAGGAAUAACGAUGGAAGGUGUCCUUUACAUUUAGCAGCGCUUAAUGACAACGCUGACAUGUGCAAGAUACUACUUGACGCAGGGGCUCAAAUCAAUCCGAUUUUAAGGACUUCCAAAAACACGUUUAUGACACCUUUGGACUGUGCCCUCCAACGAGGUUUCAGGUCCACUGCUAAGUAUCUCCAAUUACAUGGAGGAGUUCCUGCUACAAGACUUGGGGAUAUAAGACAAGGUCACACAACACCGGGAGUUAAUUUUCAAAUAAAAGAUGAUGUGACUUUUUGGGGAGACACAAGUUCUGAUAGUGAACGAGAAAAUGGAGAAGUAACGAAACACAAUAGGAGAAUUCAAAGAAAGAAGCUUUCGUAUAAAUACGAGAAGAAGAAAGCUUCAAUCUCCACCGGAAGUGAUUUAGAAAAUAAUAAAUUAAUGUCUAGUAAAUUAGAAAGUGGUAAAAGUGCUAAACGAAGACUUGGGGAGAAAAAUCAGAGAGCUAAAACAGCUGGUAGAACUGAUAGUGCUACAAGUAUCGAUUUGCCCAAACAUGCCACAAGAAAAACACCAUCAGGCCGGUUUGAUUACCACAAUGAGAUUAUAAUCAAUGGAAAAACAGAAAUCAAUAUUCACCAAACUAAAGAAAUUCAUAUAACGCCCGAUGAAGAGAAUUUAGAUCAAAUUCCCACCAAGCUUUCGAAUGAAGUUGCUGAAAAAGUGAGUGAAGUUAGUGUUGAUAAAGAUAAAAGGCCGAAAAGUGCAAAACAUGCGAAAGUUAAAGAAAAGGUUGAAAAAUCAGGUGGGAAAGAAGACAGUGCUCGAAUAAAGAAACAAAAAGUAGAAAGACCUACCUCAAAACAAAAAAUUGAAGAAAAAGCUAUUAAAAAUGAAAACAAUUUAAAAAUCGAAGCUGAACAAAAGAAAUUAACUGAUCAACAGUCGCUUAAGUCGAAUACGAGUGAGGAUCAAGAAGAACAUAAAAGUCUAGUAGUUGAAGCUGCUGUGCAUGAGCCUCCUAAACAAGACGUUGAAAAGAGUGAAGCUGAUAAAGUAUCACAGACGGAUAUUGUUGAAAAGGAGUCGAAAAUUGUUCAGACCUCCGAACUGGAGAAAGAUCAAGUUGAGGAAAAUGUCCAAGAAGUUAAAGCUGCUGAAACACAAGUACGUGAAAUAGUUGAAAAAGUUGAGUUGAAAAAAAACGAAAAAGUGAUUGAACAACUACAAGAAAAAAUCACCGAUGAAUCAAAAGAAAAGGGAGUUUCAGUAGAGAAGGAAAAAGAUCUUGACAAAAAAAGCGACGAAACUGUUGAUCAAACAACGAAAGAGGAAAAAUCUGUUGAAGAGUCCAAAGAUGAAAAUGAUUUAAAAGAAGUGGAAACAACGCAAGAGUUUGAAAUUGUUGAUGAAAACGAAAAGGGUGGAAAAGUGGUAACAGAGCAAAAAUUAGAAAUUGUUGAAGAAAAAGAAAAAAGCUUGGAAAAACCCGAAGAUGAAGAAAAGCAAGUCAUUGAAGAAAAAUCAAGUGAAGAGAAAAACGUUGAGGGUGAGAGUAAGAAUGCUGAAGAAACAGAACAUGUUACUCAGAAAAAAGAGGAUGAAACCAUUGUAAGUAAAAAAGAAGAAUUUGAGGAGAAAACAGACAAAGAAGAAAGAUCUAAUGCAGCAGAAACACUGGAUGAUAAACCACCAGGAAAUGGAGAAGACGUUUCUGCUAAAAGUGAGACGGAGAAAAAUUUGGAUGAGAAAGCUAAAGAGAAAAAGUUAAAAAAACAAAAAAUGAAAAAAAGGAGUGAGCGCAAAAAACGGCAAAAUGGUGAACAAGCUUAUGAAAUUAUUUACAAAACAAUGGCCGCUGAUGAAAGCGAUGAUCUAACUUUAGAACGAUUAAGCGACCGAGACAAUAAAACUAAAACUGCAAAACGGGAAAAACUCAGGCCCCAAAAAACUAUUUCUGGUAGCAAAUCAUCUCAAGAAGAAUAUUCCAGUGCUUCUGAAACUGAAUCGAGUACUUCUACAAGCGCUACUGUAAAAGAGCACAAGAGUUUUCGAAUUUUGAAUGAUAAAGAAGCUGAAGAGAUUGAAAACUUGAAACCUAAACCCAGAAAAAUAUCCCAAAAAACUCAAAAUAAACAGCGUUCUCGAUCCGAGGAAGACAACAAGAAAAUUAAAAGUGACAAAAUUAAAAGAAGCAAAAUACCGACACCUUUAGGCAAAUCCCAGUUGUCCAAAAGCGACAAAUAUUUAAAUGUGCCCGAACGAAAAAUUAAAUCUAGUAUGGAAUCACGUGUGCCUUCUCUUCCAAACAUUAACGAAACCAAAGAUCGAGUCAAGGAACAUCCACGGUGUGAAUCGAACAUGUCUGCACCUCUCCUAGAGUCAAUUUACAGCGACAAUGACAAAGCAAGUGCCUCUGACUUGGAGGAGGAACCCAGCGAAAGUGCCUUUAAACGGAAAAAAGUCAAAAGAAAAGCAAAAAUGCGUGAAGCUCGAAGCGCGGGAAGUGACUACGAGAGCAGCAACGUCAUAGACUCUGGAUUCGAACCGAGUCCUAGAAGCAGUAGAAUACCGAAAUGGAAAAACAUGAGCGAGAGGGGAGUGAACAUGACUUCGGUAACACAGUCAAUACAGUCUAACAUUCGGAGGUACCACCUUGAACGCAAAAUCUUCCAACACCUUUUGGACUUGAAACGGAUACAAAUCCGAGCUGGCCAACACAACGAGGCAAUUUUAGUCAAACGAGCCAUCGAUGCGUACCACCAGUCGUGUGCUUCGACCGUUGGAGCGGGCCGAUACGUCCCGGAGGACUACACUUUCCGGAGUUUUGAAAAGUUCCUCUAUUUGUCGUUGAGAAAGUUACAACGAAACGGCGCUGAUCACCUCAAAGGCCUUCCAGAAUCACCCGCCAACCCGCUCCUGUGCACCCAAAGCACCCAUCGGUGCAUGCAUGCCACCCAUGCCUACACCGGGAUCCCCUGUGCCGCGUACCUUCCCAAAAUGGAUCACCACACUAUCCCCAAAAUCGGGUUUACGUCAACGCAGUGCAAACCCGGCACAGGUUUUCUGCCAACAAUUAAUACGAAAAAGGCCGUGACACUCGAACUGUGCCACGGAAACGACAAACAAGUCAUAUCACUGCCUGCGGAUCGUCUGGAUCAGAACAAGCGAUACUACGUCACAUUUACAGUCAAGGGGAAUGAAGGAAGCCCCCCAGAGGAAGAAACAAAAAGCCACAGACAUUCAAAAAGCGACUAAGUGCAAUAUCUUGUUAGAUUUAUUGUUUGAUAUGAGAAAUUUGUACAAGGCGUUAUUGUAUAGAGGAAAUUUUAAUAAAAACGUUUUUCUUGUAA